CCAUUUGCAAUAAGGAUACCAGUGAAAGUCAAAGGUCUCUAGGGAAAUGGUCCCACAGCCUACUCCACUUUGUACGUGGAGGUCAUAUUGAAAGAUGGUGCCCUCUCUAUGUGUAAGUAAUAAUUAUCCAUUGGCAUAAGUAUAUUAUGAAGAUGCCCCUUUAUUUAAAAUUCAGUUAAUCUUGGGAUUGGACCAGGAACAUUUUUGUACCAAACUCUCGGUUAUGAGAACCAUUACCAAUGUAGUGUCCUAUUUCUUAUGACACUCUUGGAUUGAGCACUUGUCUGGAGGAGAAUUUACAAAAUUAACACAUGAACGUACAUUCAGAAGUAAAAAAAGGGCUAAACAUUCCCGGCAUUCCCUUUUUAAUUCAGUGUAAAUAUUUUUUGUUCCAUUCAUGAGUUCUUUGCUUUUUUGACAUUUCUGCAGCUCAGAAGGUCCUGGCCAGGUCUUCCUGAUCACACUUCAGUAGCUUCUCAAAUGACUGGAAGGCAUCCCCAAAAGCAAGUGGGGAGAGGUUAUUGUUUCAAAUGACAUGUGUAGCUUGGACAGACUAUGCGCUGCCAGAAAAGAGUUACUUUUUCCCGAACCAUACAAUUUAAUGUGGCUCAAGGUGCAAAACAUUUUGCAUAGAUUACACAUGAGGAACCAUAAAGACCCACUGUGUAGGAUUAAAUACAGGAGCAAUUACCUCAAGGAAAAGUAUCCUCAUCUCAACACACCUGUGGCUGAACAGACCUUUAUCUGGGCAGGUAGAUUCAAGAAGAUAAUGUACACCAUGGCGAAACGAAGAUUCCUGUUUUUCUACUGCAUCAUGGUCAUCCGUAGGAACAGGUAUAUUGCUGUCUGCUAUCAGGAAAACAGAGUACCUGAAGUUUUAGCCAUACACAGGAAAAUUAAAGUACAGUAAACAAGAACUUUUUAAAACAAGGAUAAAAGAGAUAGUCCUUCCUCACAUUUCACAAGGAUUUUUUAAAGAAAUAUUUGUAAACAAAAAACCCACCAAUUAUGCAGCAUGCAUAAUUAGGUUUAUGUAAGAUGAGAAAGGGUCAUUGUUAAGGAUACCUGCUUGGCAGAGAACAAUUGGCUUCAUGGAUCAUAUCAGAUUUCUGCAUAAAGGUGUGUGUGAGAGUCCUAGCCGCCUGAGUGUAAAUGUCGCUGCUCGUAGCUGUCAAAAGCUUUAACUACUUUAAUAUCAGGCAGGUGCCUUUUAAUAUAUAUUCUGAUCAGUGGUUGUCAUUUUGGUGAGCAGCAGCAUCAGCUAUCACUCGUUAGGUUUAACAAAAUUUCCUAAAUACUCUUUUUCACGCAAUGUCUCCACCACGUGCUCUUAUCUUAGGUCUCUCUUUCGUUGAUCACUUAAGUUCUUUUCUGUCCUAUUCUAACAUUUACUCCCAUAAUCUGGGACUUAAGGAUGUUGCAGAAAUUGCUCUUUUUGGGGUCGGCAGGCGAACGGUCAUGAAAGUUGAAAAAUUCGAUCUUGGUUUUGUGCGUGGCUGGAAACCUGACAUCGUAAUUCUCGAGUUGGGCACCAACAACCUCACCACAUCCUCUCCAGAAUCUGUUGGUUCUUCCCUUGAGGAACUAGUUCAGCUCCUUCAUGAGAAUUGUAGUGUUAAAGUGAUUGAGGUCUGUCAGGUCAUUAAGCACUGUCCCCUGUCGCCCAAGAUGCUUGACUUUAACUCCCGAGUAAUUAAGCUACAUAAAUACUUAAAGGUUGUUCUUGAGCCUUUGCAAUUUUGCUUCUAUUGUGGCACGUUGGGUUUUGGAACCCGAGCAGUGGCAUUUACCUCAAGGACGGCGUUCAUUUAAAUGACUUAGGCUCAAUUAAACUUUAUAGGAGCUAUAGAGGGGCGGUGUUAAAGGAUCUGUCUAUACUUAACGUUGCUUAACGAGCGCCACCCUCAAUUUUGUUACAUCCUGCGCAUUGUGUUUGUUUGGCAUUUUUUUGUGUUGUUUUCAUCUUUCAGAGCCGGUUUGUUCCUUUAUUGUUUUGACCCUUCGUGCUGAGUUGUGCAAGUGGAAUGUGCUAGCUGGGUGUGGUACAUUUUUUCUCUUGCCAGGCCUGGAUGUGGUCCGGUGUGUAAUUAGUGCCUUAUUGGGGCGGCUACUUUGCGCCCUUCACUUUUAUUUGUAUUAGGGGCCGGUGUCCCUUGAAGUGCCUAUGAAUUGAAAUUUUUGACCGCUUUUUUAUUCUACAAAAGUGAAGUCUAUAUUGCACUGAUUCAUAAUUUUCCAAUUUAAGCUCUGGUCCGGUGCGUAAAACAUAUUUUUUUACAACUCAAAAGUUGCCAAAUCACAAAUGUCGUUUUCUGAGGCCUGGGACUAGUGACGUCAUAAGGUGUGUUACUUUCGACGUGUCAUUUCGCAUCAGUGUAUUUACUGCAACAUUGCUACUCUUUGAGCCAUUUUCUUAGCAAUUUUAUCACAGCAAAAAUGUCUCCAAAUGAUGAACUUUCAGCUAGCACAUCUUCGUCUGGGCAGACAGCAGCGCCAUGGUAAGGGGAGACAGGCCAAUCAAGUUGAGGAUCAUUGUAGCCAAUCAGGUGAGGAUGACAAAUACGCUUUGACUAUAGAAAAACAGACGUGUGCUAUGUUAAAUUCCGCUGAGCCAGUGAUCUCAGUGACAAUUGGUGGAAUCAGCAGAGACAUGUUAAUUGAUUCAGGUUCUGCAAGUAACCUUAUCAGUAAAGAUACACUCCAGGAACUAGAGUAUCAGGGGCUCAAGAUUGAAUUAAAACCUUGCAUGAAGAGAUUGUAUGCUUAUGGGGGUUGAGAGCUUGGAGUUGAUGGCCGGUUUCAGUCAGAAGUUUCUGUAUCAAAAGCAAAGGUUGUGGCAAAUGUCAUUUUUGUUGAAUCCGGGCGUUGUUUGCUGGGAUAUUCAACUGCCACAGAUCUUGGAAUCCUUCGUGUGGAUCCCACAGGAACUCUCAGGACAACAGACUAUAACACUGUUGAUGAUACCUCUGUGGGAGAGCUCAAAGCAAAAUACCCUAGUGUGUUCCAGGGAAUUGGAAAGCUUAAAGAUUAUCAGUUGAAGCAGCUGACUUUGAAUGCUGAGAAGUGCACCUUCCGAAUGACUGAAGUGGUAUUCAUGGGUCUUUUGCUUAGCAAGCAUGGAGUCGGCCCAACUGAGGAAAAAGUCAGAGCCGUUGCAGAAGCAAGUCAGCCUCAGACACCUUCAGAUGUCCGUAGCUUCUUAGGACUCAUUGGAUUUAGUGCCAGGUUUAUACCUGAUUUUGCUGCCACUGCUCAUCCCCUCAGAAAACUUGCAAGAAAAGGAGAACCGUUCAUGUGGGGUGAGGGGCAGGAACAGUCAUUUCAGAGAUUGAAGAGUCAAGUUGCAAGUGCACCAGUCCUAGCUUACUUCGAUAAGGACAUCCCCACCCGUGUUAUUGCUGACGCAAGUCCAGUUGGCCUCUGUGCUGUACUGGUGCAAGAAAAGAAUGGGGAAAGCCGUGCCGUCUGUUAUGUGAAUUUUCACAGUUGCUUGGAGGAGUCUGUUGGUGGGGCAAAGAGGAAGUGUUGUUAUUGCAUGACAGACUUUGAUGAAAUGCAAAUGAAGAUUGUGGAAGAAGACUUUCUGUUACGAUCUAAAGAACUUCAUGACUACCAUCUAAACACUAUCGAGCAGGAUGAAGACCUCUACCAAAAUUUCUCAAAAGAGUAUGGUACCAACAAGAGGAGCAUACUUCUGGACUCUCCCUAUUUUGAUGUGACUGAACAGUUGCCUCAAGAUGUGAUGCAUAAAGAGUUCUCAUUUGGAGUGGCUCCAAACUGUCAUGUCGCAAAAAGCCCAAUAAUCCUUUCAAAAGACUGUUGNUUCAUGGGUCUUUUGCUUAGCAAGCAUGGAGUUGGCCCAACUGAGGAAAAAGUCAGAGCCAUUGCAGAAGCAAGUCAGCCUCAGACACCUUCAGAAGUCCGUAGCUUCUUAGGACUCGUUGGAUUUAGUGCCAGGUUUAUACCUGAUUUUGCUACCACUGCUGAUCCCCUCAGAAAACCUGCAAGAAAAGGGGAACCGUUCGUGUGGGGCGAGGAGCAGGAGCAGUCAUUUCAGAGAUUGAAGAGUCAAGUUGCAAGUGCACCAGUCCUAACUUACUUCGAUAAGGACAUCCCCACCCGUGUUAUUGCUGACGUAAGUCCAGUUGGCCUCGGCACUGUGCUGGUGCAAGAAAAGAAUGGGGAAAGCCGUGCCGUCUGUUAUGCCAGUCGUAGUUUGAGAAAAGUGGAGCGUCGUUAUAGUCAGACAGAGAAGGAAGCACUAGCCUUAGUCUGGGCGUGUGAACGCUUCCACCUCUACUUGUGCGGGCUCCAACAGUUUGAUCUGGUGACAGACCAUGAAGCACUUAAAGUCAUCUACUCAAGGAAGUCUAACCCUUCAGCCAGAAUAGAGCGCUGGGUUCUGCCUUUACAACCGUACAACUAUCAAGUUUGUUAUGUGCCUUCACGAAAAAACAUCGCACAUGCCCUUUCCCGACUGACUAAGAUACCUGCUUCAGAUCAGUCCCUGGAAGAUGAUGGAUACAUACGCAUGAUAGCGCUACAUGCUGUCCCUGUUGCAUUGAGAAUCAAAGAGAUUGAACGAGUCUCAGAACAAGACUCAGAGUUGCAAACAGUCAGGAAUUGCCUCAUCCAAGGAAAAUGGGACAAAGCUCCAAAGCAGUAUUUGCCAGUGCGCAAUGAGUUGACUUUAUCGGUCAUGUGAUUCUACGGG